AUGGCGCCGAUUCCGGAGAAGUAUCACUUGCUCAAAGAUGAGGAUGAUUCCUCGACUAGUCAUCGCAAUUCCGGUGGAGAGGAACUUACCGGCCAUGCAUACCUCCAGCGACAAGAGGAAGAGGGACUCAAAUCCCGGUUCUCGAGGAAAGUGACGCUGGUGAUCGUGGCCGUCCUGUUUGGAGCCUCCAUCCUCUCCAAUAUUUUGAUGGCACUGGCUUUGACAAAAACCCACGACCAUGUGCCCUCCCAGCGAAUUACUAAAUAUGCGGGAUUGGCGGAUGAUCAUCCGGUUGCGUGGCAGGCCUCCACCCCGUACAGCACCGAGAGCAUCUCUGAGAGUGACCAUGCCUGGGUCAACAUGGAGAUUGACUAUAUCAAUGUGGCGCUUUCAAAGGAGGAGGCCAAGGAGAAAGGUCUCCCUCCGUCGGCAAAUUUCCCGUGGGAUACUAACUACAGCGUCUACAUGAUUACUUCCAUGCACAGCCUGCACUGCCUGAAAUCUCUCCACCGAUCCAAUCUCGAAUACCGCAAAGGAGUGAAGCAAAGCUACCCAACGGAGCAUCUCAUCCACUGCCUCGACAACGUCCGUCAAGACAUUAUGUGCGCCGCCGACGACACCCCGCGCUACAUCCCCGUCGAUGCAACGGGCACGGCCACCACUGCCGUCGGCCAGUACCGCCAGUGCAAAGACUGGGAAAAGCUGCGCCAGUGGAGCAAGGCGAAUGACGCCUGUUUUAGUUACAACGAGCUGAUCCGCCAUGAGCUCCUGGAGGAUCAGCCAUUCCCCCACGCGUUGCGGUUCUGCUCCAGGGAUAGCAAGUUCUUGCCCACCGUGCAGAAGUUUUAUAAUCAGUCGAGCGACUGGGUGCCGGUCAAGCCUGAUCCGCCCUAUCCGGAAGUCGGGGUACAGUUCGAUGGGUAUGAUCAGUAUACUUGA